UCUACUGUUCCCCAGAGAAGGUCACUUCAGAGACCUUAGAUACUUACCAGUCUCUCACAUUACAGAGCACUGUAAGCCUAGUGAUGGCUUCUUGUCUCUCCCGUUUCCUCUCUCCUUGCCUCUUCAUCUUCUUCCUUCUUCCGCCUCUGAUUUCCUCAGCAAAUCUUUACAAUUUAAAGCAACUUGAACCGGAGCUUUUUGAUUGGCCCACUUCUUUCAACGACACCCCACCGACGAAGUACUUCGAGGUUACCAAACCCAUCAAACUUCCCCGCACGAAACCCUGUUCAUACCACAUUCUUCACCAUGACUUUGGCUUUACAUAUGGCAAACCUCCUGUUCUUGCGGAGUAUGUCCCUCCCUCACAUUGUCCAUCUCAAGAGUUCUCAAAAAUUGUCCUUGAGUGGAAAGCGACUUGCAAAGGAAGACAGUUUGAUCGUAUCUUUGGAGUGUGGCUUGGCGGAGUUGAGCUUCUCCGGAGCUGCACGGCAGAGCCUCGGGCUUCUGGGAUUGUUUGGAGUGUUGAGAAGGACAUUACAAGGUACUAUUCGUUGUUAAUGAAGGACCAAACUCUUGCUGUUUAUUUAGGUAAUAUUGUAGACCGUACUUACACCGGGGUUUACCAUGUUGAUAUCUUCAUUCAUUUUUAUCCUGCUGAAAUGAAACUCAAUGAUUAUGAAUCCCAUUCUGGAAAUUUAGCACUUGGGAAUGGUUUGCCGGCAGAUCUGAUAUUACCCAUCUCUCGAAAUCUUCCGUUAAAUGAUGGGUUGUGGUUUGAAAUCGUAAAUUCCACUGAUACGGCAACAAAGGAAUUCAGAAUUCCUCAGAAUGCUUAUAGGGCUGUGUUGGAGGUCUAUGUUUCAUUUCAUGAGAAUGAUGAGUUUUGGUAUACUAAUCUGCCAGAUGAAUACCUUGCUGCAAACAACCUUACUGAUACACCUGGAAAUGGGCCAUUUAGGGAGGUUUUGGCUACUUUUGAUGGUGAGGUUGUUGGGGCAAUUUGGCCUUUUACUGUGAUAUAUACAGGAGGCGUCAGUCCUCUUUUGUGGAGGCCCAUCACUGGCAUUGGGUCAUUCGAUCUUCCCUCUUACGACAUAGAAAUUACACCGUUUCUGGGGAAAAUGUUAGAUGGACACGCCCAUUCACUGGGUUUCAGUGUAACCAAUGCCUUGAAUGUUUGGUAUAUAGAUGCUAAUUUGCAUCUUUGGUUGGACCAAAAGAGCGAUAGAACAGAAGGGGAGCUUUUGAGUUAUAUUAGCAAGCCUCUGGUUGAAUCCCAGGUAUCAGAUUUUAUAGGUUUAAAUGGAACAUUUUGGACAAGGGCAAGGAGGUCAGUUUUGUCUACUGGAUGGGUGAAAUCCUCCCAUGGUAAUAUCACAACCAGUUUUGCUCAAGACCUGAGCUACAACAAUACAAUGGUGCUGGGGAAUGACGGGAAUAUGCAAAAUGUGAAACAAGUCAUCCUUUUCAAUGACACUGUUCAUGCAAAGUUGCCAUCCUCUAAUGAUCAUUUGAUCAUUGAAACAAACAGAAACUUUUCUCUACACUUGUACACAGAUGAAGUGGAUCAAGCAAAUAAAACUUAUUUGUCUGUUUCUAAUGUAACAUUGGGAUUUGAUGAGAUCAAGUCUAAGAGCGCAAAGUUUGGAUUCUCAAGCAGCUCCCUCAAAAAUGUGCAAAACGGUCAGGCUAUAACGGUUGUUAAGGGCCAUUUAGUCACUAGUGGAGUUGGCAGCACCCAGCAAGAUUAUAACUAUAAAAGCAAUGAAUUUUGUUAUCUUAGGAAUGUGAGCAGUUCAAAUUACACUAUUCUUUAUGAUAUAGUUGGAGAUUCAUGCCAAAAAAGAGGUCGCCCCUAUUUUGGUUUUGGUUUUAACAAAGUUAUCCACUCUGUUUAAGGGGCCUUUCUCCUCAGGUAAGAACAGAAUGGUGUAGAUUGUAAGCUUAAUUUCACAAGUGCUUUGAACAAGGGCUUCCCUUUGAUUCUUCAAUGUAUUUGUAAUAACAAGAUAUUGAUGUUAUCUCUGAUAAAGCUGAAGGAACAGGAUAAAAAUUAGGCCUUGUAAACUGUAAUCAAACAUGAAAGAUUUGUGUAGUUUGCAUGCUUUGAGGGGUUUCUGUUGAAUUAUUAUAUACAAUCUCUUAAGAUAUCGUUGAGGUA